UUGAGGAAGUACUGUAGCGUCUGGUAAAGUGAGCGGUACGACGGUUCUGUGUAACUGGCACUUUUUUCAGUUUUAUUGGGGGGUUUGCGGUAACUACGCAUUAAAAGUAUGAUUGAAAUAUCAUGGUUUGCUGACUAGUAUGAGCUGGUUAAUUCACAGCCGUUUGCAAAUAUGCGCUCUGUAAGCUACGUUCAGCGAGUUAGUCUGGACUUCCCAGGCAGUUUGUUCCCCCACGCGAUAUGCUUGGGGGAUGUGGACAACGACUCUCUUAACGAGCUCGUUGUCGGAGACACCAGCGGCAAACUGCACGUGUACAAGAGUGAGGAGUCGAAACCGUGGCUCUCGCGCACUUGCGUUGGGAUGGUGACCUGCGUGGGAGUAGGAGACGUGUGUAACAGAGGAAAGAACCUCACAGUAGCUGUUGGAGCAGAGGGUUGGUUUCACCUCUUUGACCUGACAACUUCUGCAACCAAGUUGGACUCCUCCAGCCAGCAGGAGGUGCAAUUCUGGGAUGAUCAGAAGCCGCUCUUUACUCAGCACAUUCCUGCUAACACGAAGGUGAUUCUCAUUAGUGAUAUAGAUGGUGACGGUCGCAAUGAGCUUGUGGUGGGCUACGCAGACCGGGUGGUGCGAGCUUUCCGCUGGGAGGAGCCUGUGGAAGCCACAGAAGUGGGCAGCGGUCAACUAGUUCUUCUGAAGAAAUGGCUGCUAGAAGGCCAGGUGGACAGCCUUUCUGUGAAUGUGGGUCCAGGGGGUACUCCGGAGCUGAUGGUUUCUCAGCCGGGAUGUGGCUAUGCCAUCCUUCUGUGCUCCUGGGCAGAAGAAAGUGCAGGAAAGCCUGAGGAAUGUGAUCCUGGUAUACUUCGCAGUGAGGGCCCCCCUAGGGAUAUCGUCCUCCAUCUGACCUCUGGCCGCAUCCACAAUAAGAAUGUCUCCACCCACCUAAUUGGCAGCAUCAGUAGAGGCUCCUCAGAUGAGGCGUCCACAUGUGGUCUCUUUGCCCUUUGCACGUUGGAUGGUACCCUUAAGUUGAUGGACAGCACAGAGAAGCUUCUGUGGUCAGUGCAGGUGGACCACCAGCUUUUUGCACUACAAAAGCUCGAUGUCACAGGCGAUGGUCAAGAGGAGGUGGUGGCAUGUGCUUGGGAUGGCCAAACUUACAUCAUUGAUCACAAUCGCACAGUGGUCAGGUUUCAGUUUGAGGAGAACGUCAAUGCCUUCUGUGCAGGCCAGUAUGCCUGCAAGGAUGGCAAGAACAGUCCAUGUCUGGUUUACGUAAGCUUCAACCACAAAAUAUAUGUCUACUGGAGGGUGCAGCUGGAGUGCAUGAAAUCUACUAAUCUACUGAAGGUUCUUGAGGAGCGGCCUGAAUACCGUACCCUGCUGCAGUGUCUGAGUGUAGAUGCUGAUGAUCUGCAGGCCAUGAGACAACUGAUCCGAGAUGUGCUCUACAAGGACUUGUUGUUUGUGUCAAAAUGACAAAUCCUUUUCUUUUCUUUCACUGCACUUCAUGUAAACACCACAGUAAUAAAAUUUAAAAAUACCUGAUAUUACUUUUCAGGAACUCAACCA